ACAAAUGUGACAAGCUGCGAAAACGCUUAAAUGUUUCUAUUGAAAAUUUAAUUUGUGUCUUAUUGUAAAGUUCUAUAACUAUUUCUAUGCAAUUUCAUGAAUAAUCCUUUUUAUAGUACAAGUUUUUAUGAAAAUGUACAGAACACUAUUUAUCGUAAUUGUUCUCCUGAAGUAAUAGAAGAAACAUGCUUUCCAUCAAAUUAUUUCAUUCCACGAAAUAUUGAGGUUUGAAAUAAUUAUGUGAAAAAUGAUUGGAAUCACUUCUUGUCUACCUGAUUCAUAUGCGGUUUCAGUUGUAAAAUAAUGCUGUGAUAGUCACAGUAAAUAUGAAAUUCAUGUGCCUGUUAGUUGUAACUGUCAGCAAUGACCGAUAUCGGUUGUAAGUGUUGUGGUUUUGUUAUAUUAACGUCCAAAAUUUACAUUCCGUCCACAAUAAUAGUUCGAACUUGAUUUAUAUAAAUAUAGAACUGUAUAGUAUUUUUUUAUUACAUGAAUUAUUUGCUCAAAGGAGAAACUCGGGAAUCAAAUGUGUGUUAUACAUUCCAGUCUGUGUUGAUUGUGUAUAGAAAAAGCUAUAGACAUUCCAAAAGAUAGAAACAAAAUGAAAGUGACAGUUUAUUUCGGAAACGUGCGUGUCAUCGUUCCCUGCGGCAAGGGUGAUAUACUUGUACGUGAUUUAAUGGACUUGGCAAUCACACGUUACAAAAAGGCAACUGGAAAGUCUCAAUCUUCAGUAGUUACUAUUCACAAUCUUAAGAGCUCAAGAGAUGAUGGCAUUUUAUAUCCAGAUGAUAAACUCAGUGAUGUGGCCGAUGACCGUGAGCAGAUCAUUGCUGUGUUUGAGGAAGGUUACUCGCCUUUGCCUCCCUAUUCCUGUGGAGAUGUCACUAGCACUAGUUCUGUGUACACAGGCAGUCCUGACCUAUUUAGUGUGGAAGUGGGAUCCCAUGGGAGUAAUACAGAAACAGAAGAUAAUCCACCUCUUGGGGUGACACCUCUUCAAGUGCGAAGAGGGAGUGAACCUGCCCUUAAUAAUCUCUUCCCUGAAUCUUCUUCCACUGAUCCCAGCAAGAGGUGGUCUACAGCAGUUGUUAUCAAUACUACUGAUGCUUCUCAGGAACAGAACAGUGUACAUGAAAAUGGCGUGGAGGACCGGGUGUCACCAGUUGAAAGUUUAGAUAUCAAUGGUGACUCAAAACUGUCGUCCUUAACAACAUUCUCUCGGGGCUCAGGUCGAUUGUCAAUUCUAGGAAACUCGGCUGAAACUUAUCGAUGGGUGGAAGCGGCAGAUAGGCAGCUCAUGAAAGAUUUCAAUGAAAAUUUCCACAUAAAAUGUACUUCAUUAGAUGCUGGAAGUGAUACCUCUAGCAUGAGUGAUGAAAGAGAAAAAACAAUUAUUCUAAAAAAUGAAAGUGGACCUCUUGGAAUUCAUGUUGUACCAGAUUAUGAUCUUAAAGGGAGAGAUACUGGUCUGGUGAUUCAAGGUAUUGAGGCAGGUGGUCGAAUUGACCGUGACGGACGCUUUCAUGUUGGGGACCGAAUAACAGAAAUCAAUGGUCAAAGUUUGCAGAAUGUGAGUUUUCAAACUGCUCAAGAUAUUUUCAAAAAUGCACUCAAAUCACACCAGAUAAGGCUGGAGUUAGUUAGGGGACAAGGGCAUCUUCAGUCAAAAACAGCUGCUGUCCCUAAAAAACCACCACCGCCGGUUUAUCCAAAACCCAGUAUUGGGGAAACUGUUAAGAAACCAGAUGAAGAAGGAGCUGCAUUAGUUGAAGGAGAAGAAAGAGCAGGCGGAGUGAGUACAAAAGUUGCAACGGUCACCCCAACCAAGAAAGUGCCUGCUUCGGCCAUGCGUAGACUUGCCUCUGCAAAUACGAGGAAAAUCGGCAAGAUGUUAACAAUUGAGUUGACAAAAGGUUCAUCAGGUUUGGGUUUUAGCAUAACCACCAGAGACAAUCCUGCUGGUGGAAACUCUCCUAUUUAUAUAAAAAAUGUGCUUCCAAAAGGAGCUGCUAUUGAAGAUGGAAGGCUACAACCUGGAGACAGAUUGUUGGAGGUGAAUGGUACCCCUAUGACUGGAAAAAGUCAGACAGAAGCUGUUUCUAUCUUGCGUAAUAUUCCUCUUGGUAAAACUGUCCAGUUAGUGGUUUCCAGACAGGAAGUAGAAGAGACAGAAACUGCUGAAACAGAUAGUGAAGUGGUUACAAACAAAGUAGAAGACGAGGCAGGAAUUUUCCCUUGGAAAUACCGAGAAAUCCUUACCUUCCAAAUUCCUUUAACAGACUCUCAUUCUGCUGGCUUAGGUGUGAGUGUUAAAGGGAAAAGCACAACUACUGCCAAUGGCUCAGUUGAUCUGGGAAUAUUUAUUAAAUCUGUUAUACCUGGUGGAGCUGCCUCCAAAGAUGGAAGACUGCAAACCAAUGAUCAAUUAGUGAAUAUAAAUGGCAUUUCAUUACUAGGCAUGAGCAACAGCAGUGCAAUGGAAACUCUGCGAAAUGCUAUGACCCAAACAGAUGGACCCAUUCGAAAUGCCAUUAUUCUCACAAUAGCUCGACGUAUUAAUGUACCGAAUGAAAAUGGUACCGAUGGUGCAAAUCCUCCGAUAAAACUUGAGCCCACCUCUGGUGUGAAAAAUAGUGGCAAUAUCUCUGAUGACUCAUUAGAUAGAAACAGUUUGAAACAGAAUGGCUUACCUAGAUUGACUCAGUUGACUGAUUUGGAUGAUAUACAGAAAAACACGCCAGGAUUGCCUGGCUGUAAUCCAGUUAUUGAAAGACUUACUGGUUUGUCUUCUUCAGAAAAAAGUGCAGGUGAUAUUUAUGGAUAUUCUCGACAUGGAACAAAUGGGACCGAUGAUAAGAAAUUAUUAUAUUCCGGCCCUAUUAGCUCCAGUCAAGGAGAGACUGUUUUGAUUGAAGGUGAAUAUGAUCCUGGUAUGAAGAAAAAUAGUAUAGAUUCACAACAAAUGAAUGGCAGUGUCACUGAAAACCUGAAUGUUGUACCUGCUGAUAGCCAAUUAUCCCUUGAUGAAAGUAAUCCUGGUUUUGCCAGGGAUGGGUUUGGUCGCCAAAGCAUGUCUGAAAAAAGGCAUGCUCAACUUGAUGCUCGCAAUACUGGUACAUAUCAAAGGAACAAAAAAGCAAGGGAAGAGAGACAACAGCAAAGUUUUGAGUCCGAUGACGCAAUAGAGGACGAUAAAAGGACAAGUCCUGUGGCUGGUGUCAUUUCAGCUCCUAACAGGAAUGAAGUUGUAGGACCUUCCUUAGGCCUUCGAAAAUCUAGUAGUUUGGAGAGCCUCCAAACUAUGCUGCAAGAACUUAAUAAAGAUGAUGAAGCUCUCAAGAGAGCAUUACAGUCUGGAAGCUCACGAAGUGCUCGAGGUAGAGGUUGCAACGAAAGUUUCCGAGCAGCUGUGGACAGAUCCUACGAUGCACCUGCAACUGCAGUAACCAUGGAAACUUUGGACGAAGAAAGUGAGAGUGGCAGCCACAUCUUGACACGCAGUGUAGAGGACCCAUUCCAUGAUGAUCUCCUCAGCAUGUACUGUAGAAAUAGUAAAUCCUCCAAAAAGAAGAGCUUACUUAAGGGUCUUGGCUCUGUUUUCAAAUUUGGAAAAAACAGAAAACAAUCCCAAGACUUAAAAGGCAAAGAUGAUGAUUCUGCUCAAGAUUCUGAUUUUUCCCAACCUCACUCAAGUACCUCUCCAAAAGAACAAGACAAAUUAUCUGAUUCUAGCCGGGAAGGUGGCAGGCGUCAGCUUCCACAAAUUCCGAGGGAGCAUUCGCCUUUGUCAAGUGUGGACUCUGUCCCUAAUCGUCAGGAACGUAUGCAGAGUUUACGUGAGCAGUACCAACGCAUGCAUCAACGACGACAGGGCCAGUAUCCACUGGAACAGAAGGAAGAGUAUUAUGAGAAUGAGCUUAAAGAAAAAGAAGGCAACUAUGCUAUGCCAUUUGAAGUAAUUCAUGGAAGAUCUCAAAGUCUUGAUAUUCAUAAAGAAGCUCCUCAUGGCUCAUCCAAAGUCCAUCCUGUUGGAGACCCAAAUCGAUAUAGCCAUUAUAUGAAUUACAAAGAAAUCCAGCAACAUAUUAAUCAACGCUCACAUCAUGGACCACCUGUUAAAAAUCCUUCCAAACCAGAUCCAAAGCCUCUUCCAAGUGUUCUUCCUGAUAUUCCACCUCCUGGAACUUUCUUUGAUCAUACAGGACACCAUCUUAUGAAAAAACAUACAACAAGCCAAAGCUCUGAUGUUAGUUCCAAUUCUUUGCCUCGUGGAACACAUACAACAGAGCAUGGGUUAGGACAUUCUCAAGGCAAACCAUAUUUUGUGCAUGAAACCCAUGAUCAUGGGAACUAUGGUCGAAUGAAUGUGCAUCAUUUUUAUCCAAACAAUAAGUUAUAUUCCCACAUAGUGCCUGGAUCCAAAGUUUGAUAUCUCCACCCAAAAAAAAUAGCCAAGUGUUUUUAAAAACUGGGUCCAGGAAACAAAAGCUGUAAUACUUAACCAUUUUUAUGAGUAAUAGAUUAUGCUUUCAAAACUUUUUUUGGUUCCUAUUAAUUAUAUAAACUUGAAAAGAUUUCUUUGCAUUAGUAAUUUUUAAAUCAUGAAUAAAAUGAAGGCUGAUUUUUUGCUAGUGAAUACUGCUUGUAUAUUUUUAAAAAAUAUUAAUUAAAUUAUUAUUAAGACAAAAUUAUAUCAGCAUGUGCAGCAAUUGACAUUUAAAUUAUUUAAAGUCUUUAGAACUAUUUAAAAAUAAAAAAAUGACAAUUAAUAUAGAAUAUUUUUUAUUUUUAUAAAAUUUUAUAUGAAAUUAUGUUUUGAAAGUUUAUUCAAACUUAAUGGGAGCUAUUGCAGCUUUUUCUUGAUUAAUCUAUUCAUCAUGAUCACCUGUUACCUUCUCUUUGCAGUGGAAAUGUAACAAAAAAACUACUGUGGGAGUGUUUGUGUGAAUGUUCAUACUUAAAUUCUUAUAGGUGUUCAAGUGCUUUUGAAUAUUCUAACAUUUUUGAGUCUACCCGUCCAUAUUUCAAGGCAGUUAUUUCAUCGUUAAGAAAAUUGUUGUAGUUUUUAUGUGGGUGCAUAUAUUUGAGAUUUUAUUUUUCAAAGCAGCUACCUUCUUCUUCUUAGGGCAAUUAAAAGUGAGCUUUCCUAAAAAGAAAAAAAAAAAAGUAUUGUGAAAAUGAUAUGUAUCCUAAACAUGAAAAAUACUGAUGUUUUUUGUCGUGUUUUACAUGUUUUUUACUUACUGCAAGUAAGUAAAAAGUGUGAUGAUCCGUGGGUUUGUUAGUGAUAAACAGUUGUUUUCAAGUUAAUUUUUAUUAAGAAUAUUUCCAAAUAUUUAUUUAAAUUGAAAGUUUUGUAUAUGUAGAUGCAAAGUUGUGUUCUUUGUUCUUGUCUGAUAUAAAUUUUUAUUUAGUUUCCAGAUUUAUUCCUGAAUUGCAAGUGUUUUGUUUUAUUCCUGCUCAUUUUAAAAAGGUUUUAAUUCUAAAUAUGAAAAUAUUAUGAAUUUUAAAAAGUGUCUUGAUGCAGUAUAUAUUGAGAUGCUUUUAUGAUUUUACAUUUUAUUAAGAUUAGUCAGUAUUCUAAGAUCCAGUAAAUUGUUUACUGAUUACCAAUUUUUAUUCAUUGAUAGAUACUUACAACUGUAACCAUAAGUUAAACAAAAAUAUUUUUAAAAAAUAGUAUGUUCCAUUUUAAAUUAUUUUUGUUGUAUAUGACUGCAACGAUUUUACUAUAAACAAACAGUCAAAAUUAAAUUAGAUUUUAAUCUGGAGUCAAUUUUUAAAAGAUGAUGAAUUGAAAGAAAGAAAUACCAUAUUUCUUAUAACUACUAUCCUUUUUUAUUAAGUACAGUAGUUUGCUUUGAUUCUACAUCUUAAAUAAUUUUAACAUAAAUAUAUAGCAUCAUUGUUUGGUGUCUUUUAAGUUUCUGUUUAAACUUUUGUGUGCGUGUGUGUGUGGACCUAACAUUCCAAAAUAUGUAUAAUAUUUUUGUAAUGAAAUUAUUCCUUCUGCUAAAGCUAAUAUAGAAUAAAAAUAUAUCAUUUAUUGUUUGAAGCCUGUUUUAAUAAUUUCUUAUCUUAUUAGUUGCAAAAUUAAUUGUGAAUUAUUUGGAAUUCUUCUUUGUCUCAUUCUUAUGGAGAUUUUUAGUGAUUCUUUUCGUAUUUCUUUGUAAUUUAUAAACUUUUGUCUAUUUAUUCCAUCCCCCAAUUUAUUUUAUCUUUAUUUAUGAGGCAUUUAAUAUAAAUUUCAGAAAUUAAAUGCAUUUUUUUUUAUUUCCUAGAUAACAUUCUUUAAAUUAAAAA